UGCCCCGCAGCGCCAGGCGAAGGCGGGGCGGGCCGGUUGCUAAGACUGUGAAGCGCAGGGCUCGUGCCCGUCUCCUCAGUCGGAGCCAUGCCUAGGACGGACCCUCCCAGCGGCGUGGAGCAGCAUAGGGAUGAGAAGGCUGGCAGCCCGGAGCCAGAGCCCAUGCCGUGGCAAGCCCUCCCGGUCCUGUCCGAGCAGCAGUCUGGGGGUGUGGAGCUGGUGCUGGCCUACGCCGCGCCCGUCCUUGACAAGCGCCAGACCUCGCGCCUCCUCAAGGAGGUGUCGGCUGUCCACCCGCUGACCGCCCAGCCUCACCUCAAGAGGGUGCGGCCAGGCCGUGAUGCCAGUCGCCCGCACGUACUGGAGAUGCUGCUGUGCCUCGCAGGCCGGGCCCCGGACAUGCGAUCACUGGCCGAGCUCCUCCCGCAGCCAGCCGUGGACCCCCACGGACUGGGGCAGCCCUUCCUGGUGCUUGUGCCCGCCCGGCCGCCCCUGACCAGGGGCCAAUUCGAGGAGGCACGCACCCACUGGCCGACGUCCUUUCACGAGGACAAGCAUGUAACCCGUGCUCUAGCCGGGCAGCUCUUCUCAGCUCAAGAGCGGGCUGUGAUGCAGGGCCACAUGGAGCGGGCUGUGUGGGCAGCGCAGCAGGCGGCUGCCAGGGGCCUGAGGGCCGUGGGGGCCGUGGUUGUUGACCCGGCCUCGGGCUGCGUGCUGGCCACAGGCCACGACUGCAGCAGCACGGCCAGCCCCCUGCUUCAUGCCACCAUGGUGUGCAUUGACCUGGUAGCUCAAGGCCAGGGCCGCGGCACUUACGACCUCAGGCCCCACCCCGCCUGCUCCUUCGCCCCGGCCCCCGCCCCCCUGGGCGUCGGGGUGGGCCCUGUGCACAAGCUGCAUGAGGACACGGACACGGAAGCGGAUGAAGAUAGUGAAGGUGGCCUUCCCUACGUGUGCACCGGUUAUGACCUCUACGUCACCCGUGAGCCCUGUGCCAUGUGCGCCAUGGCCCUGGUGCACUCCCGCGUGCAGCGUGUCUUCUAUGGAGCGCCCUCCCCCGACGGUGGCCUGGGCACCCGUUUUCGCAUCCACACCCGAUCCGACCUCAACCACCGCUUCCGGGUGUUCCGCGGCGUGCUGGAGGGCCAGUGCCGUCGUCUGGACCCUGACACAUAGGCUCAUGCCCACCAGCUCCGAACCGUCCUCUGCUCUGCCAGCCUCAGCCUCCUCUUGGAUCCACGUGGGCCCUGGCUCCCUUAUUGUCGUCCAGGGGCUGCAAUCCUGUCUGUGGAUUUCAGGGACACUCAAUGCCUUCCAGGCCUGGAGCCUCACCCCACCGUUUUCUGCCAGCAGAUGGGGCCACGUUUCUGCUAAACUGAGCUUUUCCCUGGGCUGGAGCAUAAUGGGGGUCCAGCUGAGCCUCAUCGAUGGGCAUUUGGGCCUCGCUUCUCUGGCUACCUCCACCCUGAGCCCGUGGGUCCACUAGGAUUGUGUCCCCUUUGUCUCAGGUUUGACCUGUGAAAAUAAACACAACCC